AUGUCUGAGAGCGCCAGCAGCCAGAACCCAAGCGGUUCCAUCAUGGUCUUCCGCCCAACCAUGGAAGAAUUUUCAGAUUUCAACAAAUACAUUGCCUACAUGGAGUCCCAGGGUGCUCACCGAGCUGGGCUCGCCAAGGUCAUCCCACCCAAAGGAUGGAGAGCCAGGCAGUCCUACGACAACAUCAGUGACAUCUUAAUAGCCGCUCCCCUGAAGCAGCUGGUGUCUGGGAAGGCAGGUGUCUUCACACAAUAUCACAGAAAGAUGAAAGCCAUGACAGUGGGGCAGUAUCGCCACCUGGCCAACAGCAAAAGAUGUCGGCCCCCACCUCACCGGAAUUUUGAAGAUUUGGAGAGAAAAUACUGGAAGAACCGCCUCUACGAGUCACCACUUUAUGGCGCUGACAUCAACGGAUCCUUGUUUGAUGAAAACACUGAGCACUGGAACCUUGCACACCUGGGGAGCAUUUUAGACCUCCUGCAGCAGGAAUGCGGAGUGGUGAUCGAGGGCAUCAACACGCCCUACCUGUACUUCGGCAUGUGGAAGACCACCUUCGCUUGGCACACGGAGGACAUGGACCUGUACAGCAUCAACUACCUGCACUUCGGGGAGCCCAAGACGUGGUAUGCUGUGCCCCCUGAGCAUGGGCAGCGCCUGGAGCGCCUGGCCAGGGAACUUUUCCCUGCCAACUCCCGGGCCUGCGAGUCCUUCCUGCGGCACAAGGUGGCGCUCCUCUCUCCCAGCGUGCUCCAGCAGAAUGGCAUCCCCUUUGGCCGCAUGACCCAGGAGGCUGGAGAGUUCAUGGUCACCUUCCCCUAUGGCUACCACGCUGGCUUCAACCAUGGCUUCAACUGCGCGGAGGCCACCAAUUUCGCCACCGAGCGGUGGAUCGACUAUGGCAAGGUGGCCUCUCAGUGCAGCUGUGGGGAGGCCAGGGUCAGCUUCUCCAUGGACGCCUUUGUGCGCAUCCUGCAGCCUGAGCGCUAUGAGCUGUGGAGGCGCGGCCAGGACCAGGCACUUGUGGACCACGCCAAGCCUGAGCAGCAGAAGCUGACGAUGGGGGCACAGGCACUGCCUCAAGAGACAUCCAGCCUGGGCCAGAGGCAUCGCCGGCGGGGCCGCCUCACCCGGACUGCUGGUUCCCUUCUCUUCUCAGGGAUCAGCCACAACACGUUAGGGGUCUCUGGUCUGUUGGCUGGAGAGGUACACCCCUCGAGGGGCAAACGACUUCGUGGUGGGGGUAGUUCUUUCCUGGUGGAUGUGCAGGAGGCAAGUCUCCAGCCUCAGGCCAAAAGACACAAAUCGGCCCUGGUGGAAAACUCAGCUUGGGUUCCUCAGGACCUGAACUCUGCUGACAGUGGAGCUCUGCCCAAACCUGCCUCUGUAAGCCCCAACAUUACUUUUCCUGCCAAGCCUUUGGGAUGUCACUGUGCCCCUGAUCUUCAACCCUUGGGCCCUCCAUUGGAUCCUGACCAUCCAGUGCAUCCGGGCCCCUGUUUGCUGUCCUUGGAUGACAUUCCACUUAGUCUUCCUGACAUCUGGGAAUGCAACCCCCUUCCCUCUCCAGCUCAGGUUGUCUGGCAUGACCAUUCCUAUGUCCACUGA